AUGGGUAGUAGUAAACAAUUCCAAACUGUAAUUGGUACUGCUAUUUAUAGACCAAUGUUGACAUUGCCGAAAAAUCGUUCGGAAAGCGAAAAUGAAAUUUAUGAUCUAGCACGUCGCGCCGUUGAAAGGCCUGGGUUUUACUGUGGAGGUGUGCUGAUUAGUCAGAGAUAUGUUCUUACUGCUGCCCAUUGCAUAGCUGGGGAAAGUUAUUCCAAAUUUGGUGGUUUAGUUGGUGUCCGACUAGGCGAGUAUAAUACUGAGAGUGAAUCCGAUUGCAUCCAGGAAUUAGAUUUUUACGACUGCGCUGAUCCACCUCAAGAUUUUGGGGUUGAAAAAAUCAUCCCCCAUGAUGCUUACAGGCCCGACACAUCCGAUCAGCAUAACGAUAUUGCUUUGCUAAGGUUGGAUAGAAAUGUAGUAUUUAGUGAUUUUAUUCAGCCACUUUGUUUACCUUUACCAGAGUAUUUUCCUAAAUUAAACUUGGAACCUGGACGACCAUUUGUGGUGGCCGGUUGGGGAAGGACAGAAUUAGGAAUUCCAAGUCCAGUAAAACUGAAGUUGAAGGUACCACUUGUGAAAAAUGAAGAUUGUAUGCAACCAUACAGUAGGUUAAAUGUGAGGGUUUGGUCCAGGCAACUUUGUGCAGGCGGCGAGUUGCAUCGCGACUCCUGCAGCGGCGACAGCGGUGGACCCUUGAUGGGCUACGACCGCUACGGCGAUUCCUGGUACCUUCUAGGUAUUGUAUCUUUAGGACCAAUAAAUUGCGGAAAAGCUGGCAUUCCUGGUAUUUAUACAAGAGUUCCACAAUACCUCGAAUGGAUUAGAGGAAACAUGGAACCAUAAAUUGUUACUUAGUGGAUAAGUAAAUUAUAUAAAUAUAGUAAUAUUUUUUAUUAAUAACAAUACCUAAUUUUAAGUACGUAAUAUUAUACGUAGAUUUAA